GGAAGGAAGGAAGGAAGGAAGGAAGGAAGGAAGAGAAAGAAAAUAAAUAUUUUGAUCUUUUUUUAGUAUGAUUCAGACUCCACCUAUUGUUUUUUUUUUUUUCUGAAGGCAGAUGGCAUUUCUCUUUGGGACUUUUUUGGAUGGAUGUAUUGCUAAAAAUAGCCAGGUCAUUCACAGUUGUUCAUUGUAAAAUAUUGCUGUUCCUGUGUACAUUGUUCUUCUGGUUCUGCCCACUUUGUUUUAUAUCAGUUCAUGUCAAUCUUCCCAGGUUUUUCUGACUGCCAUCCUGCUUUUAAUUCUUAUUUGCUAAUGUGAAGAUGGAAUUAACUCUACCCUACUUAUUCUUUAGAUUUUAGCCACCAGGAAUGUAUACACUGUAAAAAUUAAAAUCAAUCUGAAAUAAUAAAAAUAGUAUAUUUUAGGAGAAUUAUUAAUGAUCAUUAGAAAUAAAGGAAUAAAAAGGUAACAAAAUAAAAAACCACAUACCCAUGGCUAAUCAGCCUAUUCAAAAUCCCCACUUACCACCACGGUUGCCAACAGGAAGUAAAGAGCCCCAGGACCAGCCACCCCACUGGCUAAUAUCCCUUGUCUACAGGAAGUACAUAAUGACAGGAAGUCAGUGGGCUCUGGGGAAAUGUAGUUUUUAGGGUAACAGAUUUCUAAUUAUACAGUACCCCCACUUAAGGAUUAGGUGAGGGGGAGGGGUCUGUGACCCAUGUGUGCUAGUGAGCGACAAAUCAGAAAUAACUGACUGCCCCCUGGUCAGUCUGAAGCCAAGUUUAAGCCACCAUUGGUACGCGUAAAAGUGGACCAAAAGCACAGGAAGUGACCCAAAGAACUGCCUUUAAAUUUGGUGGUCACUUCCUGUGAGGGGGUCUGGGCCUUUGAACUUGGCCUUGGAGGAACUCAGGCUUGAGACCUCAGACUGCUUCCCUUUGGACUGACACGUGGAUAUAUUCCCUUGAGGAUCCACGUUGGUUCCUGCCUGACCCUCUUGGAGGUCAAAGUUCUGGGCACAUAAGAAACUCAGUAAAUAGUUUUUCUCAACAUCCUAGCUUCUCACCAUGUCUGACCCCAUCACUCUCAAUGUUGGAGGGAAGCUAUAUACUACAUCCCUGUCAACUCUGACCAGUUUUCCUGACUCCAUGCUAGGAGCCAUGUUCAGUGGGAAGAUGCCCACCAAGAAAGACAGCCAAGGCAACUGCUUCAUUGACCGUGAUGGCAAGGUCUUCCGCUACAUCCUGAACUUCUUGCGGACUUCCCAUCUGGACCUGCCUGAGGAUUUCCAAGAGAUGGGGCUACUCCGGAGAGAAGCCGACUUCUAUCAAGUGCAACCCUUGAUCGAAGCCCUUCAGGAAAAGGAGGUGGAGCUGUCCAAGGCAGAGAAGAACGCCAUGCUCAACAUCACCCUAAACAAACGUGUGCAGAACAUCCAUUUCACCGUCCGAGAAGCACCGCAGAUCUACAGCUUGUCCUCUUCCGACAUGGAGGUCUUCAAUGCUAACAUCUUCAGCACCUCGGGCCUUUUCCUGAAGCUCUUGGGCUCUAAGCUCUUCUACUGCUUCAAUGGCAACUUGUCUUCCAUCUCCAGCUACUUGCAAGACCCAAACCAUCUCACUUUGGAUUGGGUGGCCAGCGUGGAUGGCUUGCCUGAGGAAGAAUACACCAAGCAGAAUUUAAAGAGACUGUGGGUGGUACCCGCCAACAAGCAAAUUAAUAGUUUCCAAGUGUUUGUAGAGGAGGUAUUGAAAAUCGCACUCAGCGAUGGCUUUUGUGUGGAUUCUUCCCACCCACACCUGUCUGAUUUUAUGAAUAAUAAGAUUAUUCGAUUAAUACGCUAUAGGUAGAAUGGCCCAGCUUCCAGCAGAUCUGCAGUCCACAAGAUAACACAAGGUCAACAGAGUGUUUCUCUUAAAGCACCAGCUAAGAAACACUCACCAGCAGUGUGAUACAGAAUCAUAUACUAAUGUGUAUUAAUCACUAAGCAGGAGUUGAUUUCCCCCCAUAAUGUAGCUAUCUGUUUGCCCUUUCAGAAUGUGUUCUCUAGUCAGAGAGAGCAUUCUUCUCUAGGUUUGUCAGGGUUCUGCUUGUGUAUUGCCAGGGAUAGAGAGUCUCCCAAUGUUCUUCAAAGGAGGCAGCUGAUGGUAUUUAUGGCUAGGGCAAAGGAGUGGCAGACUCACUUUGUGGAUUGCCUUCCCCUCUCUAUCACUGGCCAGGACCAUCGUUAACCCAUCUGUGCCACGUUGGGGGGGAGGGGGAUCUGUGAGGCUUGUAAAAUCUAUUCACUGCUCUAGGAUCCUGGUUUCCAAGCCAAGCUUGUUUCAUCCAUAAGCAAGUGAAUUUCUGUAACCCCAUAGUUAUUUAUAGAGAAGGCCAAACAUGUUUGGCUUCAUUGGAGCUAUGCUGUGAUCUUGGAGAUUUUCUUUUCCACUCCAGCAAUAAUCUCCAAGAAAGGGGGAGGAGGCAGGAAGAAAUUGGAAAGGCAAAUUAGAGCAGGGAACAAGUCAUAAGAAAGAAAAGUUUUGUUCUAAGCUUGACCACAGCUUAGAACAUGGACCUUAGUCAUGGUCCUUAAGUCUAUUGAUCAAGAGCACCUGGACCUUUGGGGAGAAGAAAUACUCUGUCAUCACAUUAUUGCUACCAAGUUCCAUGGUCUCCAGUGAAGAGGUGAUUUUACCGAGACUAGUGCCUUAUAUUAUACCUAAAUAAGUGUUAAUCCCUUUAGAGCGCCCACCCACAUGUUUGUGCCCAACCAGACAGCCUUUGCUAAAGGCUCUUUCUGGACUCUUAAGCAAAAGCUGGAACAAGGAGUGGAAAUUACAGGAGUUGGGUAGAAAUUUCAGCUUAGGAUGAAGAAUACCUUCCUAACAACUAGAGCUUUCUGAAAAAGAAUGUAUUUGUCUUAUUGGAGGGGGCAGAAUUCUCUGUCACUGGGAGUGAUGACAGAGUUCCUAGAAACAUAGAAUCUCAAAGCUGGCAAAGACAUCUGAGGCCAUCUAAUCCAAACCAUAUGUACCCCAUCACCACCACAUGCCCAAUGGGUGGUCAUCCAGCCUUUGCUUAAAGAUCUCCACUGAUGGGAAAACCACUGCCCUCCAAGGCAGCCUAUUCCAGUUUAGUACAACUCUAAUGAUUAGGAAUUUUUUUCCUCACCCUGAGCUUGAAUUAGCUCCAUUUUAAUUUCCACUCAUUGGUCCUUCUUCUGGGACCAAGCUGAGCAAAUCUAAUCCUUCUUUUAUAUGAUGGCCCAUCAAAUACUUGAAAUUGGCUAAAUGUUCCCUUGAAGUCUUCUCUAAAGCAAAUAUCCCCAGCCCUCCUAACCUGGCAUGAUCUCCAGCCUCCUUGACUUCUCUUUGCUCUCCUUGUAUGUAUUCUAGUUGCCACUACUCCCCCUAAAACAUGGCACUAAAUGUAAUACUACAUAUGAACAUAUGCCAUAGGACAGUAGGACUAACAUUUCCCUCACUGGACAUUCCAUUUCUUUGUGCUAAUAGCACUCUAGAAAUAGUUAAGGGCCAUGUUCCCUCUCUCUCAUCUCACCUGGAAGAACUGAUAAUAAUAUCAGGUUGUCAAUAUCCUCCCUCAAAUGUGGUACCCAGAACUGAACACAGUACUCUAAGAGAUAUCUGACCAGGGCAGCAUACUACUGCAGGACUUAUCACCUCUCUCAUUCUGGAAACUAUGCUUCUGUGAAUGAAGCCUGAGCUCAUGUUAGUUGGGUGCAACCAUUGUCUUACACCAUUGGAAAUCAGUCCUGCUACUUCAUAGUCACACCUGGAACACACACUGUUUGGGUCAGGUACAGGUCAAGAAAGCCAGGGGCGAGGGCACCCUCCUGGCUCUGCAGAAUCCCAGUUGGUGAUGAGUGGUGCAAACCUCCAUACUGCACCCUAUGAGAUGCCACUGGACCAGCAGCCUUAGGACCCCCAGAUGGUCCUCUUAUUUUUGACAAAGCUCAUUCAGCUGAGCCACAAAAACUCAAACUUGGAUCAUUCCUCUCCAUGACAACAAAGCACAGGAAUCUGAGAUGCUUAACUUGCUGUUGGCUAAUGCUGGGCAAGCUAAUGGCUCCAUGGGCCCCUGGAGAAACCUAUAUAGCUACAUUCUCUGUGGGGCACUGGGCAUGUCUAGCUUUCUUUAUGCAAUAAAUUGUAUGGCUUCAAUGCAGCACAA